CCCGUGCCACCGCCGCCGCCGCCGCCGCCGCUGACGCCUCGGCCGCCCAGGAGCCGCCGCCAGCCCCGCCACAGCGCCACCGCCCCGCAGCCCCGCGUCCCCGCAGCAUCCCCGCGCCGCCGUCCCCGCCCCGCCGCUGGAUGCCGGCGGCCGGCGGCCGAGCUCGCAGACGCGGAGGGCGGCGCGGGCGGCGGCGGCGGCGCGGGCCCGAGCGCUAAAGCCAUGCCGGGCUCCACCGGGCAGCCCGACGCGGGCGGCGCGGGUACCGGGACCACCGCCGGCGACCCCGGGCACCCGCACCCUGCACUCGCGGGAGCCGAGGAUGCCGCGCCCCGGCCGCCACCCGAGCCCGACGACGCCGCCGCUGCGCUGCGCCUGGCGCUGGACCAGCUGUCCGCGCUCGGGCUGGGGGGCGCGCACCCCGGAGAUGAGGGGAUGGCGACACGCAGCGCGGACGGGGCGACGGAACGCGGAGAGGAUGAGCCCGCGCCCCCCGACGAGCUCGAGGCGGCCGUGGCGCCCCCGGUGACUGGUGCGCCUUCGAUGGGCGUGGGACCCUCGAUGGCCGUGGCACCCUCGGUGACUUGUGCACCCUCGAUGGCCCUGGCACCCUCGGUGACCAGUGCACCCUCGAUGGCCCUGGCACCCUCGGUGACUUGUGCACCCUGCAUGGCUGUGGCACCCUCGGUGACCGUGGCACCCUCGAUGACACUGACACCCUCGGUGACCCUGGCACCCACGAUGGCCGUGGCUUCCUCGGUGGCCCCCGGCGGGCUGCCUCUUCUGGACCCCGACGUGAGUCCCCGGCCAUCUCCCCCAGACGUUUUCGCCAGCUUCGCGCCACACCCGGCUGCCCUGGGUCCCUCGACGCUGCUGGCUGAGCAGUUGAACGUGAUCGGCAGUCGCAAAAAAAGCGUGAACAUGACCGAGUGUGUGCCGGUGCCCAGCUCGGAGCAUGUCGCGGAGAUCGUGGGUCGUCAGGGGUGCAAGAUCAAGGCCCUGCGUGCCAAGACCAAUACCUACAUCAAGACUCCGGUGCGCGGGGAGGAGCCGGUCUUCAUCGUGACCGGGCGCAAGGAAGAUGUGGAGAUGGCCAAGCGGGAGAUCCUGUCGGCUGCUGAGCACUUCUCGCUAAUCCGAGCCACACGUAGCAAGGCGGGCGGGCUGUCGGGGGCCACUCCAGGCCCCCCCAACCUGCCGGGCCAGACCACCAUCCAGGUGCGUGUGCCCUACCGUGUGGUGGGGCUUGUGGUGGGGCCCAAGGGCGCCACCAUCAAACGGAUCCAGCAAAGGACGCACACGUACAUCGUGACUCCCGGGCGUGACAAGGAGCCAGUGUUCGCUGUGACCGGGAUGCCAGAGAACGUGGACCGUGCGCGGGAGGAGAUUGAGGCCCACAUCACACUACGCACCGGGGCUUUCACUGAUGCGGGCCCGGACAGUGACUUCCACGCCAAUGGUACCGACGUGUGUCUAGACCUGCUGGGAGCUGCAGCCAGCCUCUGGGCCAAGGCCCCCCACCCAGGACGGAGGCCCCCCGCAGCCACCGGCGGGCUUCGAGGGGAUAAUGCCCUGGGCGCAGCCAGCACCCCUGAACCCUUCUAUGUGGGCAGCCGUGGAGGGCCACCAUUGCCGGACCCAAGCCCCAGCAGCCCCUAUGGGGGCUCGGGCAACGGGGGCUUCACAUUUGGUGGGGACGGUCCCGGUGCUCCAACGGGGACAGCCACCCCAGAGGACUGUGACUUUGGUUUUGACUUCCUGGCGCUAGACCUGACCGUGCCUGCCACGGCUACCAUUUGGGCGCCCUUCGAGAGAGCUGCACCCCUGCCAGCCUUCAGCGGCUGCCCCGCAGUUAAUGGAGCACCCACACAACCCAACACAGGCACACGGCGCAGCAGCGGCGGCGGCGGGGCCGCCACCACGCCACGCCACUCACCCACGCUGCCCGAGCCAGGAGGACUGAGCCUGGAGCUGCCACUGGCACGUCGAAGUGUCCCAGAUCCAGUGGGUGCGGUGCCUUGGCGACCCCCGCAGAGUGCACUGCCUCCCUUCUCUGGCAGCACCACCUUCUCCACUACCCCCUCUCUGCCCAAUACAACCCCGGCGUCCUCCACACUGGACACUGUCCCCUCGGAGGGCAACCACAAGCCAUCUACCACAGCAGCGAACUCCUCUGCGUCUGCUGCCGCCCCUGGCCCACCCGCGGCAGCCUUGGCCCGAGAGUGCGUGGUGUGCUCUGAAGGCGAGGCCAUGGCUGCGUUGGUCCCCUGUGGCCACAACCUCUUCUGCAUGGAUUGCGCUGUCCGCAUCUGCGGGAAGAGUGAACCAGAGUGUCCCGCCUGCCGCACGCCGGCUACCCAAGCCAUUCAUAUCUUUUCCUAGUAUACCCCUACUUGACGGGGUGGCCCUGGCUUCCCCAAGCAGGAGGUCCUCAGGCCUGGGGUGGAAGAGGAGGGACGGGGCAGGACUUGGGGGGAGAGGUCGUGGGGUCUGGGCUGCAGGGCAGUGGGAGGCAGAGGGGCCCACACGUGUGUAACAGCUUUAACUCCUGCAGCAGGCGUGGAGCCCGUCAGCUUGCGGCCCAGCGGCAGCGCCUCCGUUCUUGACAAGUGACAGUAUUGAGUGAGCCGGUGACAAUAAACCGGAAAAUUCUCUGUUUGCACUUUUUAUUAAGACGCCCCUCCCCGUUUCCGGGGUGAUCUUAAAACAAAAAAUAACACGAUAUUUACAACUCUCACUGGAUUUAACAGUGUGGAUUCUUGUAGAAACUUCAAAAGGCAGGUGGCUUCCCCACACACAUACACUCCCUUUUUUUGGGGCAAACAUAUACCAUUUUGUACAUCAGCCAUGGGGUGGCCAAGAGGAGGGUAAUGGGGGGUAUCCAGGGGGGUCCCAUCGACAGAUUUAUAACUUGUUUUAUUGUGGUUGUUUUGUUUUUAAAUUAAGACUCAGUGUUGCGGUUCUUUUUUUGUUGUUUUUUAAAAAGGUUUUUAAAGUUUUUUUUAUUGUUAUUUUUACUUCAUACUUCCUGUGUAUAUGUAGGGAAUUUAUAUUAGAUAUAUGUACUUUACGGAAUAAAUUUUAAGAACUAAAAUAUAUUUUAUUUUAAAUAAAGCAACGGACCUUUAAUCUUUGACAGCUAAAUCACUGAUUAUAUAUUUGCUGAACUGAUUUAAGGGUUUAAAAACAUUGUAUCCAGAGUUUUAUUUUUGGACUCGAAAGCCUUCUUAAUAAAGUUGUUUUCCUAUAUGUAA